GUUAGCAAAAGUCACUAAAUUUGACAGAUCGAUUCAUGCAUGCUCGUAUUGCAAGCUAACUUUCCUUUUCGGUUAUUGUUUAAAUUUUUAUAUUUUCGGGAAAUAUGACGAGUACGGAUCGUUUUAGGGCCAAUAUCGAAUUAGGAAACGUCACUCCACACAAUAUCAAACAACUAAAGCAGUUAAACAGCGUUGUUUUCCCGGUUUCUUACAAUGAUAAAUUCUAUAAGGACGUCUUAGAAGCGGGCGAACUGGCCAAACUUGCUUACUACAAUGAUAUAGUAGUUGGUGCUGUUUGCUGUCGAAUAGACACUUCAGAAAAAAGCAGAAGAUUAUACAUCAUGACUUUAGGGUGUUUAUACCCCUACAGACGGCUAGGAAUCGGAACUAUGAUGGUAGAACAUGUUUUGAAUUACGUUAAAAAAGAUGGGAACUUUGAUAGCAUCUUCUUACAUGUGCAGGUGAAUAAUGAAGGGGCAAUAGAUUUCUACAAAAAGUUUGGUUUUGAGAUUGUUGAAACGAAAAAGCAUUAUUACAAGAGAAUCGAACCUGCAGAUGCUCAUGUCCUGCAAAAGAACUUGCGUAGCGCGUCGCCACAAGUUAAUGGGACACACUGAUUAAGCCAGCUUAAGUGACAGUGUAGUGUAACAUACCAAAAGUGUCAUUUCCUAAUGCUCCACACCAUAAUGUUGGCUAAAAGGCAGUAUUGUUCUUAUUCGUCGGUGGUUUAGAAGUAACAAGUGAAUCUGAUGCGAAGCCUUUUUGUUUUUUUAUUUAUACCGACUAUUGUAUAUAUCCAAAUACACGUUUUUUCAAGUUUUAAA